CUGGAGCGAGGUACGGCUCCAGACUCUAUCGCUGGGGAGCCAUGCGCGGUACUGGGCAGUCGAGCAAGGACCUGCCAGAACGGCCAGUCCCGGCGUAUCCGGCCCUACUUCUGCUUCCUCGCAGUACAUAUUAGACGAACGCCUCGCAAGAUACGAAGAAAGCCUAGCGGCCGAGCUAGAGGAGACACGGCGGACGGUUGAUAGCCGGCAGGGACCUACCUUCGAGUCGACCUGGGUCCGCGAGAUGGGCUGGGCAAGGCACCUAGCCGGCAGCGACAUGAGCGAGCACUUCCGAGCAGGCCGGAAUGCCCUUACUACUACGGAACGUGCUAAGCUACGGUCUGAGGCAGAGCUUGCCGAGCAACAGCGUCUGAUCCGACUCGGGGCUAGCUUCGACAGGCAGAUCACGAAAGGCCUAGAGCGAACAAGUCGAGUACCGAACGAAGUACUCCGAUACCUCGCUAGCACAGAUGCUAGCCGCCCAGCAGCUGCCCCUUUCAAGACGGAGAAGGGCCAGGAUACGAAGGAUCGAUACCAGGCCUACUGGAAGCGCUACCUUUACUACUGCGUCCGGGUAGGGCGACUCGGUCGAGAGGUAGCGACGGAGAAGUUCCGGAUCCGGUUCGACGAUUCCCAGUGGGCUGCACUAGAGGAUAUUAUCCAGCGACUUGAUACUAGCUUCGACAGCGACCAGGACGCCAGCACCUCUCCAGCCUCGUCAACUUGUGUUAGGUCUAAAGAGCCAGCUAUUCUAGGGGCCGAGGUGGACGAAGAAGACGACCAGAUUACGGACCCAAUAGACCAGGUCGUAAUGGCUUUCUGCGUCAGGUCGCUCCAGCAGAAGAUUGCUAUCCAGUUAUUCAACAACCCGCUCCUACACUUCACGGCCGUACUAGGAAUUAGUGGUACCCGGAAGAGUUAUGCCUGGCGGCCGGCGGCGGAAUAUACUGGGCAAAUCGCGGGGCUCGUCUGGUGUGCCCGCCUUCUACUACUAGAGCAUAUCUUCGCAGCCGAGGGCGACGAUGAGGAUCUUUGCCUGGGAGCUAUCGAGCACUUCCGGGCACAGCAUCGCGAGUGGCUCGCCGACGGCUCUUUCUCACCAUUUAGCGCGAUGAUCCGGAUGAUGACGUACGGAAAAGGCUUCCGUAAGAAGGAGGGCGGCACGCCACGACUCAUGUGGGAGGACAAUAGGGAGGCACUACGAUAUCUUGGCCAGCGU